CGUUGAGUGAUAUGUUGUUUACAAGUUUUUCGGCUUUAGUUGUGCGCUCUUUUUAAAUGUUUGGAAAUCCCCGAAAUUUGUGAUUAGUACCAAAAUGAUUUUAAAAAAUAUCAGUCCCUAUAUUGCCUUGGAUGAAAUUAUAAUCGAGGACAGUCCCAAGUAUGUGCAUUUCAUCACACACUUUGACCAAGCUUUCAUUGUUCCAAAUGACUGGCAUUCCAUCAUUUAUACUUCACGUUACAUAGCGGACCUGCUAAUAGCUAAGAAGACUCCAAUUCCUCCAAGGUUUCUAAAAGUUAUAACAGAAAAUGAAUCACAGUCAAUUACUCUACCUAAUCGGAAAACAAUUGCUGCUCGCAUGUUCAGCAACGAUCAAUUUUUUGGGAACGCUAUGUUCUACUUUGAAAGCACAAAGUCUAAAACACUAUAUACCGGCCCAUUCGUGACAUCAAGACCGAUCCUUUUGAAUGAAUAUUUUCGAGAUUGCAUUCUCUCGGAAAUCGAUGAUUUGUAUAUAGAUAAUGAGAAAGCACAUUCAACUAGCUAUGAAAGUCUUGAAAGUGUUGCGGAUCGAAUUUCUGAUAUUUUAAGGGAACAUCCUGGUUAUUCAAUGAUUUUAAAUACAUUUGUUUAUGGCUAUGAGGAUUUGAUAUGCUUGCUCGCUAAGGAUUAUGGUUGUAAGGUGUUCGUUGGAUCACUUAUCUAUGGUAUUUUUGAGAAGUACAAAGUAGAUAAUAUUUUUACGAAUCGUUCUGAAGAGGCUGAUAUCAUAGUAGGGGAAGCGAGAGUGACAGCAAAGCAUUUAAAGCGUCGCAUCACUGACAAACGCCUUACAGUGAAUUUCGUUAAGUCCACUGUCGAGCAGGAGUACUUGAAGGACCUUGGCAUCUACUUCAUAAAUUGGACUCCCCAUCCUUCCCUAUUUGAACUAAGAGCAUUUAUAGAUUUUGUGAAGCCAGCGAAUGUUUAUGGAAUUUAUGGUGAUACGCCAACUCUACCGGAAUGUCUGACGGGACUUUGUAGAAGAAAACCUCCGAUUGGAGCAGAUACCGAAUCCAUCUCAAAUGUGGGCAAAAACCAUGGAAGUAUCAAUAUGUUACUGCCUUUUUCUGAAGCAAAUGGGAGAAGUCGAUUGAACAUUUUAUCCUUAAAGUCAGCGAGAACAAAGAAGUAAAGAUUUCUGCGUAGUUCGUUGAGGAUUUUAUACCGUCGUUCUUUUAAAAUGUAAAGCUUGUGAUAUUUAAAUAAGUUUUUGUAAGUUUGUACGUUUUGAACAAUAAAUUGAAAUCGA